AUGGUGAAAUGGCAGCAGUUGUUCGCGCGCGUGACGGAGAGGGAUUCACCUCAUGUUCGAGAUGAGAUGCGACGAUUGCUUCCGACUUCUACGCAUGACCUUCCUCCGUCUGCGUUUCCUGCCAAAGAAGUGACCAAAGUUGCGCUGCGGCUGAAAUACCAGAUAGAGGAAGUGAUUCCAAUUGAAAUCACGGAGGCGAAGAUCACGGCGGCCAAUAGCGCAAUCAUCACGCCCAAAGUCGUCGAAACAGCCAAGCAGGCAGGCGGAAAGGAUCAUGCCUCAUGUGUCGUGUAUUGCCUGCUCGUUUGCAAGCGCUGGUUCAAGCGACAGGCCAAUCUGGAGCUCUGGGAUUCCGACCUGCACCACGUCCGAGCAGUGGCCUGCGAGAUUCUCGCCAAGCGCAUCAUCGAGGGAGAAGAGGACCAGGAAUACCUGUUGCAAGAGAUGCUGUUGAAGCGAUAUUCGGUGCUGCGCAAGGGUGAAGAAACACAGCCUGCCAACGUCAUCGAGCGAGCCGUCGAUCUGCACUGCCUGACGGUGAUCGGGUCGUCUGGGUAUCAAAAAUGCAUCAAGUAUCUGUGGCGCGGCUGGAUCCAUCAAGACGACGAAGACCCCGGGAACUAUGUCUUCUACGAGCAGCGCGACAACACCAGCUACUGGGCCCAUCUGGACCCGGACCGCAUGCGUGCUCCUAUCUACCAGAAUUUCGUGCAAAUCUCCGUUUCCAUCAUCUAUCUGGGCCUGUAUACCGGGGCCGUGAACACUGUCAACGAGGAUGGCGACCUCGAUGUGGUCGAGGGGAUCCUGUACGUGAUGACCCUGGGCUUCAUAUGCGACGAAAUCGCCAAAUUCUGGAAAGUCGGCCUGUGGUAUUUUGGCUUCUGGAACGCGUUCAACAACUGUCUGUACGCAUUGCUCACGGCGUCCUUCAUCAUCCGCAUGAUGGCCCUGGCACACUCUCCCGAGGAAAGCGACGAACGGCGAGGCGAGCUCAACAAGCUGGGUUACCACUUCUUCUGCCUCGCGGCCCCCAUGUUCUGGAUGAGACUGUUGCUGUACCUCGACACCUUCCGCUUCUUCGGAGCCAUGCUGGUGGUCCUGAAAGUCAUGAUGCGCGAAUCCCUGAUCUUCUUUGCGUUGUUGGUCGUGGUCUGUGUCGGCUUCUUGCAGGCGUUUAUCGGGCUGAAUCAGGUGGAAGGAAACAGUUCCAUCACGUCGUUCAUCAUCACUGCCAUGGCCAACUCGGUCAUGCAAUCGCCUGAAUUUGACGGGUUCGACGACUACGCUCACCCGUUCGGCUUGAUUCUGUACUACAUAUUCACGUUCGUGGUCAUGGUGAUCCUAUUGAACAUCUUGAUUGCCCUCUACAACAGCGCCUACGAGGAUAUUACGGACAACGCCAUCGACGAGUACAUGGCCAUGUUUGCGCAGAAGACACUCCAGUUCACCCGGGCGCCAGAUGAGAAUGUGUUCAUCGCCCCCCUCAAUCUCAUCGAGCUCUUUUUCCUGAUCAUCCCUUUCGAGUGGUGGAUGGAACCGCACCGCUACGAAAGACUCAACGACUACGUCAUGGGCGUCAUAUACUCGCCUCUGCUGGUCGUCACGGCUGCUCUCGAAGCCAGGGAGGCCAAUACCGUGCGGAACAACCGCAAACGAGGCGAGGAGGAUGACGACACGGUCGAAGAGUGGGAAGAGCUGCAAGACGAGAUCGAUUUCGAGACUGAAGGCUGGAAUAAGAAAGUCCGCAGCACGAAACCCAUCGUCGAAGUCGAUGCCGAUGUCCAGGAGAUCAGAGAGCUAAAGCUCCAGGUCAAUGAGCUUCGCGACAUGAUCAGGGCUUUGAGCCCGGCAGUCGAGGGAAAGGCUGACGGGAAGUGA